AUGGCCACCCCAAUCCCCGACGACAUUGCCCUCCUUUCUGGUCCUCCGCUUUUAGGCCACUUGUUCAACUACGGGUUAUUCGGCAUCCUCUCCGCCCAAGUCGUCCACUACCACCUCUCAUUUUCAUCCGACCCUUUCCGUCUCAAGGCAUUCAUCUACGGAUUGUAUUUGGUCGAAUGGGUGCAGGUAAUCCUCAUCACCCACGACGCCUUUCAGGUGUACGGCGCUGGGUGGGGAAACUUCGCCGCCCUCAACAGCCCUCAGUGGCUCUGGUUCGACAUACCUGUGAUGACCGCACUCGUGUCGGCGACCGUACAAUGUUUCUUCGCGUGGCGGAUUUACGCCUUGAGCGGGUCUCGCAUAAUUUCGGUGUUUGUCGUGCUGGUUGCGCUUAUGCAAGCAGGCGGUGGAGUCGCGACUGGGAUUCAAGUUGGCCCAUUACUCAACAACAAUGCCUUGAUCCAACAAACGGCUGAAACCGGCCUCAUCAUUUGGCUUGGAGGAAGUGCCGCGUGUGAUAUCAUCAUUGCGUGCAGCAUGUCUUUCCUGCUCCUUCGCCAGCGACGUGGUCUAGCUUCUGACAAAUUAUUAUCCCGCAUCAUAACACUGUCCGUAGAGACCGGGAUCGUCACCGCUUCCUUCGCCACCCUGGACCUCACUCUCUGCAUGGUGUUCAAGCACAACAACCUACACAUGCUCCCUGCAUUCAUGCUCAGCAAACUAUACACGAACUCACUCAUGCUCACUUUCAACAAUCGCACCCGUCUUCGGGGAGACCGUAACGAAGCGCAGGUAGUCCGCAGCGACGGCACCUGGGGCGCGACCUCCUCCUCCCGCGCCCGAGCCGGCGCCGCACCCCAGGAGAUAUCGCUCCCGAAGCUGCCUAUGGACUUGUGCAAGCCUCCCCGCGUGACAGGCGAUUUCGAAUCCGUCUAG